CAGGAGAUGGAAGAGGAAGACCUGGAAUAAGCAAGGGAUCAAGGGAAGAUCCCCAUCCUAUCCCAGCAGGGAGUGGUGUUGAAUUUUGGGAAAGAGCUGUUCCAGAGAUUAUGGCUCACGACACUAAGACCACAGAUAUACGAAGCCAGUGGUUCAGGCAGUUCUGUUAUAAUGAGGCUGAUGGACCACAAAAGAUUUGCAGCCAGCUCCAUGUACUUUGCAACCACUGGUUGGAGCCAGAGAAGCACUUCAAGAAGCAGAUCCUGGAUCUGGUGAUCUUGGAGCAGUUCCUGGCCAUUCUGCCCCAGGAAAUGCAGUGCUGGGUCAGAGGAUGUGGGCCAGAGACCAGUUCUCAGGCAGUGACCCUGGCUGAAAAUUUCCUCCAGAGUCAGGCAGAAGAGAAGAGGCAAGCCGAGCAGAUGCAGGGACCAUUGGUGAAGAUGGAAGCUAACUUCUUGGAGGCUGAAGGAGCUGAGUUGGAGGAUGGGCAGAGGGAGCAGACCCAGGAGUAUGCCCAUUCAUGUGCCAAGUGA